GGUGUUGGAGAAUUAUAAUAUGUUAUUUACAACUAAGUACUAACGCACUCGUCUCGGGACGAUAUAGUCUGAUGCCCGGUGUAAACGAAUAAAGACAUUUUAAAUAGUGUUGCUGAAAUCUUGUGUAAAAAUAAAAUUCAAUUGGAUAUUAAUGUUAAUCAAUUAUUCGUUUAUUGUAUUGUCUUGUGAGUCGUGUACUUAGAGUAAAGCGAAGUGUAAUACCUAGUUUUUUUUUCAAGUUACAACACAAAUAUAUAUUUUAUUAACAUUACCACGAUGAUCACCCGACAUACUCGUAGCUUUGUUCUGUGCUUUUGUUUUUUAUUGUCGGCAGCGAUUCAUUUAGUCGGUGGAGAUAAUAAUAAUUUUCUUAACGAUCGACGCCAACCUCAUAUCGUGUUCGUGAUUGCCGACGACUUGGGUUGGAACGAUGUCGGGUUUCACGGUUCGAAUCAGAUACGGACACCGAACAUUGAUGCUCUUGCCUACGACGGUAUAGUACUGAAUAGACAUUAUAGUCAGUCGUUGUGUACUCCAUCUCGGGCCGCCUUGCUCACCGGAAAAUAUCCAAUUCGUACAGGAAUGCAGCACAACGUUAUACUCGAACCGGAACCGUGGGGCCUUCCUCUGCGGGAAACGCUGUUACCGGAACGACUUAGAGACUUGGGAUACACUUGCCGGGCUGUCGGUAAAUGGCAUCUGGGAUUCCACAAGAAGGCGUACACCCCGACGUACAGGGGUUUCCAGAGCUUCUAUGGCUUGUGGAACGGUCACCAAGACUACUACACGCAUACGGUUCAAGCGACGUUUGCAUCGUUCGAGGGAUUCGACAUGAGGCGAGACUUACAACCAGACUGGUCGUCGGCGGGCAAGUAUUCUACUCAUCUGUUCACCGAAGAAGCCGUCGACAUAAUACACGGUCAUAACAGCACAGCCGGUCCUCUGUUCUUAUACGUCGCUCAUUUAGCUCCACACGCUGGUCCCUACGCGGAUCCUCUGCAAGCUCCGCCCGAGGUCAUCAGCCAAUUCGAUUACAUCAAAGACAAGAACCGACAAAAAUACGCAGCUAUGGUAAAGGCCUUGGACGACUCGGUAGGCAAAAUAGUAGACACUCUCCGAGCCAAAGAAAUGCUUGACAAUACCGUGCUGGUGUUCGUGUCGGACAACGGAGCGCCCACCAAUGGCAUGCACAGAAACCACGGGUCUAAUUGGCCUCUGAAAGGAGAAAAAGGUACACCGUGGGAGGGAGCCGUUAGGACGGCUGCGUUUGUAUGGAGCCGCUUGUUGUCAAAUAGGAGACGCGUAUCCCGAGGACUCAUGCACAUUACCGAUUGGAUGCCUACUCUUUAUCGGGCUGCAGGUGGCGAUCCGGAAGAACUGGAUAUCGACGGCAUCGACAUGUGGGACCUGUGGGCGAACGGUGCUAGUGACGGGAAAUGGCCGAGAAAACACUUGGUGCAAAACAUCGACGAUGUGUCCGGGUAUUCCGCCAUAAGAGAUUCCAACUAUAAGUACAUCAAUGGCAGUACGUUCCUGGGAUUCCUGGACUAUUGGUCCGGGGAACCUGACGAGUCGAACGGCGAUAAUUACCGGUAUGAAGACGCGGUAUUGAACAGUACGGUCGGUCGGAUACUGUUGUCGUCAGAUGUUGGCAAUGACAGAGUCGCUCAUGGCCGGUUGUUGUCGCCCGCCACGAUCCGGAACCUCCGGGAAGAGUCCAGGGUGAAGUGUGGACAUUUCCGUAAAGAGGCGAGACCGUGUCUACCGUUGAAAAAACCGUGUCUGUUCAACGUGGAAAAAGACCCGUGCGAACUGGUCAACUUGAAUUUCGGUCCCGACGACAAAACCGGCAAGCUGGUCAGAGCGAAAAUCCAACACUUCGAACGGCUGUUGCAGGAAUACCGUAGGACGGCGUUGGUACCGCCUGGAAACAGAAGAGCUGCAGGCAAGGCGGCCGACCCUAGAUUGCAUAACGGCACGUGGUCUAGCUGGGAAGACCAAGACCAACAAAUUUAUUAACGGCGGUAGUCGAGUGUCCCCCGACGAAACUAGUCUUCUUUUCUUUUUUUUAAGGACCGUAUUCAAACAACUUCAGUGACAGGAGAACAAAUAAAGAACAUAUUUAUUAAUCAUGCGCCCCGCUUACAUCAGUAUGGGUACAUCACUAUUACCAACAUAGCACAACUUUGUAUCCAUUCAAUAAAGUCCUGUACAAAUCGUACAUAUAUAAGAAUUAUUAUAUUUCGUAGCAUUAAAAUAUAUUUAAUUUUAAUAAAAUACA